UUCUGCCUGGUCCCCAUUGACUUGCAUCUGGACCAUCGCCGUGGCAUCCAGUACUUAUACCAACUUCUUGAAUGUUGGGAAGUUUAGAUGUUAAUCGGAGGGAAUUGCUGAAAGGUCGGACGACGGGAUAGCAGGAGGAGCUGGAAAGCGACGCGAUCACAUUUCAAACGCGAAACCCAAAGCAGAUGUGGACUUCGUCACCCGCCCCGGGGCAGGUUCCCAGCUCGGCGUCCGCUCGCUGCCUUGAGCUCCGCUGAACCGGUUGCGGUUCCUGGGACCGCGGCUGAACCAUGUGGCUGGUGAAGAGACCCCUCGCCUCGCUCCGGGUCCUCCUGCCGGGACGUCUCGGUUCGCUGCUCGCCCGGUGCUGCUCCAGCGACAACAUCUCGGCGUUUAUGCCCGAGGCGGCGGCUUUCGCCGGGGUCCGGGACUACCCGGCUCUGCGGGAAUUCUCCUUGCAGCAGACCGAGCGGUUCUGGGGGGCGCUGGCCAGGGACCGACUGUCCUGGAUCAGCCCCUUCCACACGGUGAGCGACUGUGACCUGUCCCGGGGCAAGAUCCGAUGGUUCGAGGGUGGGCGGCUCAAUGUCUCGGUGAAUUGCAUUGACCGUCAUGUCCACACAUCUCCAGACAAAGUGGCUUUGAUCUGGGAGAGAGAUGAGCCUGGAGCUGAAGUGAGAGUCACCUACAGGCAGUUGCUGGAGUUGACUUGCCGUGUGGCCAACACCCUGAAAAGGCAAGGUGUCCGGAAAGGUGAUCGGGUGACCAUCUACAUGCCAACCUCGCCGGUCGCCGUGGCCUCCAUGUUGGCCUGUGCUCGUAUCGGGGCAGUGCACAAUGUGGUGUUUGCAGGCUUCAGUGCUGAAGCACUAGCUGGCAGGAUCCAGGACGCACAGUCUGAAACUGUGAUCACUACCAACCAGGCUGUGAGGGGUGGGAAGAUCAUCGAGCUGAAGCAAACAGUGGACCAAGCGGUGAAGAUGUGCCCUUCAGUCAAGCAUGUACUAGUGGCCAAGAGAACAGAGAAUGAAGUUCCAAUGUCUAAUAUUGAUAUUCCCCUUGAAGAGGAAAUGAAGAAAGAAGAAGCAAUGUGCGAUCCUGUUGCCAUGGAGAGUGAGGAUAUGCUGUUCCUGUUGUACACAUCAGGGAGCACUGGGAAACCCAAAGGCAUAGUGCACACACAAGCUGGCUACCUGCUCUACACUUCAGUCACACAUAGGUACGUGUUUGAUUACCGCGAUGGUGACGUGUUUGGCUGUGUCGCAGACAUUGGAUGGAUAACCGGCCACAGUUACGCUGUGUAUGGGCCCCUGUGUAAUGGAGGAACCACUGUUCUGUUUGAGAGCACCCCUGUUUACCCCAACCCAGGCCGUUACUGGGAGAUGGUUGAAAGGACGAAGAUCAACCAGUUCUAUGGGGCACCCACCGCAAUCCGCCUGCUACUCAAGUACGGAGACGAGUGGGUGAAGUCGCACGACCGGUCCUCGCUGAAAGUACUGGGCUCAGUUGGUGAACCUAUCAAUCCUGAGGCAUGGGACUGGUAUUACCGGGUCGUUGGAGACAGCAGGUGUCCUGUGGUGGAUACCUGGUGGCAGACAGAGACUGGUGGAAUCUGUAUUGCUCCCCACCCUGCCGAGAGAGAUGCUGAGAUUGUCCCAGCCAUGGCCAUGAGGCCCUUCUUUGGAAUAGAUCCUGUCCUCAUGGAUGAGCAGGGUAGGAGGCUGACGGGCAACAGUAUCUCUGGCUCACUCUGCAUCACCCAGCCAUGGCCUGGGAUGGCCAGGACUAUCUACAAUGACCACAACAGAUUUGUGGAAACUUAUUUCAAGCCCUACCCCAACCACUUUUUCACAGGCGAUGGGGCGUACAGAUCUGCAAAAGGCUAUUACCAGAUCACGGGCAGGCUGGAUGAUGUCAUUAACAUCAGCGGACACAGGCUGGGCACGGCUGAGAUUGAAGGCGCAGUGAACCAACACCUCAUUGUGGCUGAGUCUGCAGCAAUCGGAUGUGCUCAUGAGAUCAAGGGGGAAGCUUCCUAUGUCUUCAUUGUUCUAAAGGACGGAGUUAACAUGUCUGAGCAGGUCAUCAGAGAGGAACUGAGAGAUGUUGUCUCCCAGAAGAUUGCGAAGUAUGCUGCUCCUGACUUUAUCCAGAUUGUGAAGCGGCUGCCCAAGACUCGCUCGGGGAAGAUAAUGCGGCGAGUCCUGAGGAAGAUUGUGGAGUGUAAACUGGACGAGCUGGGAGACCUCACCACAUUGGAUGACCACACAGCCGUGCAGGAGAUUGUUGCUGGGCACAGAGAGAUGCUGGAGAACACAGCCAAAGGAAAGGCUGGGUUUUAACUCACUGAGAAACUUUUUUUUAAAUAUUUUUGUAAAACCACACUGGAGUGCAACAGAUUGUGGCUCCCCGCUGCCCUCUCCACCUGGGCCUGGAUCGGUACUGUGACAAAAAACAGACAGUACACCAUAAGCGAUUAAAUGAGUACAAUUUAUAAAGGUUA